CGGCGGCGGCGCAAGAGGAGGCGCGUCCACGCCGCGGCUCCGGCUCCGGCUCCGGCUCCGUGGGGCGGCACUCUCGGCCGAGGCGGCGGCCCCGGGCCCCAGAGCCAGCUUACAAAAAUGGGACGUCGUUCAUCAGAUACUGAAGAAGAGAGUAGAAGUAAGAGGAAAAAAAAGCAUAGAAGAAGAUCAUCUUCAAGUAGUUCUUCAGAGAGUAGAACCUUCAGCCGUAAGAAGACAGGAAGGAAAUCAAGGUCCAAGUCAAGAUCUUGGUCUAGAGAUCUCCAGCCUCGCUCACAUUCUUAUGAUAGAAGACGCAGGCACCGUUCCAGUAGUAGCUCUUCUUAUGGAUCUAGAAGAAAACGAAGUCGGAGUAGAUCGAGGGGCCGAGGAAAAUCCUAUAGAUCUCAGAGAUCAAGGUCAAAAAGUAGAACGAGAAGGUCAAGAUCAAGACCUCGUCCACGGUCCCAUAGUCGAAGUAGUGAAAGAUCUAGCCAUCGACGAACUCGUAGCCGAUCUCGAGAACGAGAGCGUCGUAAAGGGCGAGAGAAAGAGAAGAGAGAGAAGGAACGAGAGAGGGGGAAGGAGAAGGAAUUGCACAGCGCCAAGCGUGGGGAUUCUGGAAACAUCAAAGCUGGAUUAGAACAUCUGCCACCUGCUGAGCAAGCCAAAGCUAGACUGCAACUGGUCCUCGAAGCUGCUGCUAAAGCUGAUGAAGCCCUGAAAGCAAAAGAGCGAAGUGAAGAAGAAGCAAAAAGAAGAAAGGUAGAAGACCAAGCCACCCUCGGGGAGCAAGUGAAGCGAGUCAAAGAAAUCGAGGCGAUCGAAAGUGACUGCUUCAUCCAGCAGACCUUCCGAUCGAGCAAAGAAGUCAGGAAGCAGGUGCCGGCCCUCCGUGUGCCCAGUGCCAGGCCUGGAAACGAGCAACAUCCUGCCUCCCAGGAGCUCCUGACCAGAUGGGAGAUGGGUACAGAUGCAGCCCUGGAGCCGCAAUGGAGCACCAGCGAGGAGCAGGCGGCCAGGGAAGAUCCUGUCCGCACGUCAGGGAAGGAGGAAUGGAGAGAGGCCAUCUGGUCUGAGCGCCAGGCAUCCCAGAGAAAGGGGGAGACCAGACGCACCCCUGCCCAGUGCCCAGCAGCGAGAGAUGAUCCACAGACUGACCCGAGACCCGUGUGGCCAGAGCACAAAGGGCACAACACUCGGCACAUGAAUGAACCCACUGACCCCAGCGAAGGGAAGCAGGAGCCGGUCGCUUCGGGAACAGUGACUGCAGAUCCACCGCAUGUCGAAAAAGAAAUCGAGCCCAGCAGCAUCCCGACUGCUAUCAAGUACCAGGAUGAUAAUUCUCUAGCCCACCCCAACCUGUUUAUCGAGAAGGCCGAAGCCGAGGAAAAGUGGUUCAAGAGAUUAAUUGCUCUGCGACAAGAACGACUGAUGGGUAGUCCAGUUGCCUGACUAACACAGGAUUGAUUUCACUAUAACAAUGAAAUUAAAGUUUGGGGGGACACCAGAGUGAAAGAUGCGUGUGCUUGUGUGUGUGUGCUGAUGUUAUUUGACGAGCUCAAUAAAGUGGCCGUUUUAGCCCAUUUUCUCCUCCUUGCUUUUUCCUGCUCAAUUAGGCAGGAGUGUUACAGAUUGUUUCUGCAGUAGAAAUAUCAGAAAUUUGGGGGUUGUCUGAGAAGGCUGAAGCUGUAGUGGCUAGAGAGUUGAAGUCGGGCUCCCCCAGCUCCCGAUGGGGCCGCCUUUCUGCCCUCGGGCUCCUCGCCAAAGAAGUUUCAUAAGUUGCAGAGCAGCUGUCCGCUGCAUCAGUGGGAAAUUUUCUGUCUAAUCAGAUGGCUGGACCCAAAACAAGAACAUACAGCUGUCCUAAAAAUAGCCGGGGUCCAGCUGCAAGUCCAGUGUCAAAAUAUAGUUAGCAAGUGUUCGGAAAAUGGCGAGUAAGACUUUGGGUGUGAUUUUUUUUAAUUUGUUAAUUUUUUUUUCAUUUUAAUUUGUAAAAUUUAAUUUGUUUAAUUUGUUACAAAAAGUAUAGCCCUCUCCAUUCCCUUUCUACCUUCCCCUAAAAAACGUCAGUAAAACUGCCCAGUAGAGUGAUUGUGAUUAACAGUUCUCUGGGUGAGGGUUUUUAAGAGAGAGGAUGUGAAUGAAUUACACAUUUCUAGGAAUCAUUGUAAACUCUAAACACAAGGCUUCACAGCGCAUCUAGUUGGAAAAUUCUUAAUUCUUUGUUUUAACCAAUAACCUUUGCAGUCAUAGACAAAAGGGGGGGAAAUCAUUUCUUUGAAAAAAAUCUACACAUAUGCAAAGUAUUAAGUUUUAUGUAUGGAAGGAAAGGCAUGUUUAGUAAAAACAUUUUUAAAUAGUCAGAAAUUUUGUUUGCUACUAUUUAGAAACUGACUCUUACUGGAGGCUUCCUUGAAAGCCAGUAGCAUAAGACAUUUUCUCCUGUAGCCAGAAUUCCAGAAAUCAUGUCUAACAGAGAGGAAGAACUCCCAGAAUCUCAGGAUUGAAAGGGGUGUCAGAAGCCAUGUAGUCUGCCCCGUGUCUAAACGAGUAUUCUCUCUCUGUAGCACGCACAAGUCAUCAUCCAACCUUUGCGGGAAGACCUGGAUCAAUAUUGGAUCCCAUUGCACGUCCUGAUGCACCUGCGAUCGAGCUGUGAUUGUAGAUAGAUUUAAGCCAAAGGCAGAGCACUUGGCAGUAGGUCUUCUUGAUUGACUUUGUUUUACUUGUGUGGAUUGUUAAGCCAAAUGGUUUCAAGUGCUUUUGAGUCUCAGCACAAGGUCACCUACAAAUAGGGGCAUCCAGGCCCUUGGCCGCUCACUAGGAAUAACCCUCCUGUUGGACUCAGUGCUAGACAUCCUGCAUGACCGCGCCGCAAGGCCGCUCUGGGACCCUGUGUUCUCCCUGGCCUUCCUCAUCUUAUAUGAGCAACCAGAAGGGGAUCAAAGUUGCCUCUCGCUGUUACAUGUGAUUUCAGUGUAUGUGCAAUAGAUAUUGUGAAUUGAAAAGGAGAUUGUGCUUUAUUGAAUCAAUUUUUUUUAAAUGUGUGUGUGUGUGUGUGUGUGUGUGUAUAACUUCCAGAUUACAUGGAUGUAAAUAACACCAUAGAUGUAUAUAUAUGUGCAUGUAUAUCCAAAUAUACCAGGGUGACUGCAGAAAUGUGGUCUGCUUAAAAUUGUACAUGUGAACUUUUCCUGCUCUUGUCUUAUAUUCUUCUCAACUCCAAGGGCGGUAUAGUUUUAGGAGGAUUUUGUAGCUAUUGAUGUCAGCCUUUUUUGGUAAUGUGGUGUCCAUGAUUUUUCCCACUUAUUCCUUCUCUUUCCCUCUCUUGGAUUUCUUAAAAGAGCAAUUUCUCAGUGUCCUCAAAAUGGCACCGACUCAAAAGCAGCCUGCUCUCGUGCAUAUUUGCUCUAGUAUGUCUGCUUUUCCCAUCUUUGCGUUUUUUUUUUUUUUUUAAGUGUUAUUUCUGCUUCCUCAUAUAUCGCAUCAGAUCCCCGAUGUUGGAGUCCCAAGAUGGUUUGUUACAGAACUCUUGGCGUGUCUUUUACAUUUCUCUCUGCUUAUUGUUUCUGUUCCAGUUUUUGCUCUAAAUAGCUAAGUGACCUAGUGAGUAGAGGGCGGACUUGGAAGUAGGACCUGAGUUCAAAUUCUGCCUCAGGCCAGGACUAGCCGUGACCCUGAAGAAGACACUUCCACUCUUAUGGCCUCAGUUUCCUUCACCGGAAAAUAAGGAUCAUAAUUGUCCCUGAGUGCCAUGGUUGUUGUGAGAAUCACAUGAGAUGAUAUAGAUACAAUACUUUACAAACCAUAAAGUGCUUUAUAGAUAUGAGAUUAUUAUUAAUUUCUUGGGAAAAUUUGGCUUAGUUGGGUCCCAAGAUAAGCUUUCCUCAAAAUCACAUUUCUAUUCACUGCUUCUCAUUUUGUGAGAUGAUAAUGCUCAAAAGUUUCUACAGUCCCCCUCUUUGACCUAUAGAGCGAAGGCGUCUAUAAUGUAAAUUCAUGCUGUCUUUGGCCAGUAUGUCCAAGUUGCUUCUUAGAGUCAUUUGUCCUUCUCAACGUGACCAUUGACAAUAUGCUAAUUCCUUAAUAAAUGGUACAGGUUCAUGGCAAUAUCUGUUCCUUGAUCCACUUUCCAUUUGUUGGAAACAAAAACUUUUUUUUCUUCCCAAAGCAGACAGGAUUAAAUGAUUGACCAAGGUCACACAACUAGUAAGUGUUAAGUAUCUGAGGUUAAAUUUUAAUUCACGUCCUUCUGAGUGCAGGGCCAGCACUCUCUCCACUCCACCUAGCUACGCCAGCAAUCACUUUUGUUAAUAAGUCAACUUGCUCCCUUUCUUUCUCUUGUUUCUGACAAUUUGGCAUCAUUUCUGACUUUUACUGUAUAACUUUUGCUGGAAUAACUGCACUGAGGGAACGGAUUGAGAAGUUACUCCAGAGUAGUUUUCAUUGGGAUGGUGUUAUUCCAUGCCCGCCAUGUCUGGUCCCUCCCGUGAUUCACUGGCACGAGGCUCCACGCCAAGACUUUGGUCACUUUAAUUCAUGAGCCAUAUUUCCUAGCAAGUUUUUAACCACCUUUCUCCUAAAUCUUAGCAUUUGAAGUCACCAAAGAGUGAAGUAUCUGUUGAUUUCAUUUGGAGGGCUCUGCUGACAUCCUUAACCUUUGCAGCAGAUGUGUGUGAGCAACAACAAAAAAUCCAAGAUCCACCUCUUGUCUGCUAACUUUAUGUACAUAAAACUCGUCAAAAUUAAUAGGAUUUCAGGUUCACAGGGCAGCCAAGUGUGCCAUGUUGUCAACGUUGUAAGGGUAAGAUGAGCUGAUAAUUGCAGAGCACAAUGCCUGGCACAAAACAAACACUAUCGAAAUGUUAGCUAUUGUCAUGUUUUUAUUAUUAUCAUUAUUAUCCUUCAGUUCCUCCAGUAAUAUUUCAAGUUAUUGGUCACUGGACAAAGACAUCGUAUUUAAUGCAACACUGUUAAAUUGACAUUUCCAGAUUGUCUGAAAACUGUAUAAUUCUUAGCAACUUCUACUUUAUGAUCUUCCAAAGUUAAUGGACAGUUUUGUAUUUUUCCUUGUUUCGUGGAUCACCAUAACCAAAGAAUUCUUCCGCUAGUGGCCAGGCUAUGUAUGGGCAGUGAGGCUCUGUACUAUUAGCUAAGCCGAUCCUUUGGCAGCGGAAUCUCUCUCUCUAACCAGAAUUCUUUCCUGAAUGCUAGAAACUGCCAUGAGAGCGACCCUUUGAGAGCUGAGGCUCUACUUUCUGUGAUGAGGUGCUAAAGAAAGGAGGGUCGUUGUUGCUGUAAAUAUCUGUGAUUGACAAUGAGAAACUGUGAGAAGUUGGCGCUCAGCUGCAGAAAGAAGCAUCUUAUUAUUAUUGUGUGUCCACUGUAUGCCUGCCGGGACUCCCAGUUUGAAUAACAACUGGUAGUCUUCUGUAUCUAGAUUUGCUGUCACAACUUGCAAGUGUUCUCCAUUUUGAGUGUAUUUUGGAAAAUGAACUCUUUGAGGAUGUUAUAUUUUUUUUUUGCUAAAAUACAAAUAAAAACACCAACUUUGAAUUCA